AUGAGUCAAAGUUUAAAUUCCAAAUUCUCCCCUUCUCUAUACUUAAAAGCAAAAGUUUAUAUGAGUCUAACUAUUAGACAUGCUUAAAAAGAAAAAUCCUAUGGUCCUCUUAAUAGUAACAUGAAAAGUAAAAGCAGCAUGUAAGGGUUCACCACACAUGUGUAUAUAUAGUAGAGUUAUAUAGUAGUAGAGCCAAUUAUAAUACUACUCACUCACUUGCUACUUGCUAUAGCAAACUCACACACACACACACACACACACCUUUCAAUUUUCAUAUAAUAAUUUAGGUGAUCAUAGAGAAAAUUAGGUAGCAAGAUGAAAAGUAACAAUAUUCCAUAUGUUAUUGUGAUAAUCAUACAAGCCAUAUAUGCUGCUAUGUUUAUUCUAUCAAAAGCUGCAUUUGAUCAUGGCAUGAACAACUUUGUCUUUGUCUUCUAUAGACAAUCUGCAGCAACUAUUUUUCUUAUACCUUUUGCUCUCUUCUUUGAAUGGAAAACUGCACCUCCUCUGCCAUUUACAACUUUUUGCAAGAUAUUCUUCAUUUCUUUCAUUGGGAUAACAGCAAGCUUGGACAUAUAUGGUAUUGCUCUAAUAAAAACUUCAGCAACUUUGGCUUCUGCUACUACCAACUGUCUUCCAGUUAUUACCUUCUUCUUGGCACUCCUAUUCAGGAUCGAAGUUUUGAAAGUAAAGACAGCUGCUGGGGCAGCUAAGUUGGCUGGUGUUGUGGCAUGUCUGGGUGGAGCAGCAACUCUUGCUUUUUAUAAAGGUCCUCAUUUACAACUUUUAAGCCAUUUUCACUUUUUGGGAAAUUACCAUAAAACCCAACAACAACAUCAGGGCCACGACUGGAUCAAGGGUUGCUUCCUCAUGCUUCUUUCCAAUACCUUUUGGGGAAUGUGGCUUGUACUACAAAUUUUUAUCAUAAAAGGGUAUCCAUCAAAGUUAUUGCUCACAACUCUUCAGUGUUUCUUAAGCUCAAUUCAGUCUUUGGUUGUAGCGUUAGCCGUAGAAAGGGAUCUUGAGCAAUGGAAAUUGGGUUGGAAUGUCAGACUCCUCGCUGUGUUAUAUUGCGGAAUUAUGGUGACUGGUGUGACUUAUUAUUUACAAACAUGGGUUAUAGAGAAGAGAGGACCAGUGUUUCUAGCCAUGUCAACACCAUUAGCUUUGAUCAUGACUAUGUUCUCCUCAGUAAUUCUCUUGGGAGAGAUUAUAAGUUUAGGAAGUCUUUUAGGUAGCUGUGCUUUGGUUUUAGGAUUGUACUUUGUGCUGUGGGGAAAGAGCAGAGAGCAAAUGCCGAAAAGUUCCGAAGACUUGGAGCAAGCUUCGUGUUUGAACGAAACUAACAAGUGAUAUGGUGGAUCGAUAUUUAAAAAUUAUUCACAACUAUAGCACUUAAUCAGUCAUUGAAACAUUCACCCAAUUAACGUUGAAAAAGAAUGUGCGAUUUCUCUUGUUUUUGUCGAAUCAACAUCAAUCAUGUCACUAUCUCAUCCGUGAAAACAUAAAUGAUCUUAAGCUUCUACUCAAAUAUGGUAACACCAGUCAUUGUUGAAUAUGUAAUAUUUUUUCCCUCUAAUGAGCUAAGUCCCUGGAGUAGCUCCUAAGGGUAGUAGAUAUCAAUACAAACAUAUCACCAAGGGACAUAUUGGCCCAAAAUACAAGUCAAUUAUACCUUUCCCUAUAACAUUGGGUUCUAUAGGUUGUAUUUAUUUUAUUCAUGUUCUAGUUCUAGGAAUGAUAAGAAGGCUUUAUUUCUAUUACAGAAAAACAAAUUUCUGAAACAGUAGUAUACUAAGCUAAGACAAGUUGUAUGUAUAAUUUGGAUUGUUAUCAUUCAUAAUCUUUGUUAUGAUAUAA